CGGCAGAUGCUCACAGAGGUUCAGAGGUUCAGAGGUCAGAAGGUCCCCCAUCGCCAUCCACCCAUUGACGCCCGCCAUGAGCGUCUGCCGCCCCGCACGAUGCCUCUUCGCCCGGGCAUCCACCACCCUGCCCGCCGCCAGUAGCACCACGGCCGUCCAAGCCCGCGCCUUCCACGCCUCGCCCGCCCACAGCAAGAAGCGGCGCCCGCACUACCCCUCGAUCAAAGCCGCCGACAUGGAGCAGCUGCAGAAGCUGGCCGUGCAGCGGUACCCCAAGUACACGAGCGAGGAGAAGGACCUGCUCAAGGCCAAGUACACGGCGGGGCAGUACGCGGCGAUUGAGGCGGCCGAAGCGGCCAUCGACGCGCGCGACCUGCUGACGCAGAGCCGCUCGCGCGACGGCGACCCCAUGGCGCUCAAAUACACGGCCGACGAGCUGCGCCGCCUGCAGCCCGUGCUGGACAAGAAGGCGAGCGCGCCGCUGGACCCCUACGCCAGCUACGACGUGCGGCCCAAGACGGACGACGAGAUGGCGCAGGCGCUGGCCAUGUACUACGUCGACGAGGGAGAGCGGCUGGAGGCGGCGUCGGGGGGCGAAGCGCCCAACAGCGCCGAGGACGAGGAGGCGGCGCGCGUGCGCUUCCUGCGCUUCCUCGACGACCCGCGCACCUUCAUGCACGCCGACAGCGAGGCCGGCUACCGCGCCCUCAGCGACGAGGCGCUGACGGUGCUGGCGCCCGAAAUGCCCAAGAUCGACGGCGUCGUGGCGCCGCGCGGCGGCUCCGACGGCGACGACCCCCAGCGCAAGCGCCUGAUGCAGCAGACGGGGCUGUCGGGCUUCCAGCUGCGCAGCCUGCGCGUCAAGGUCCUGCACGACCACCGCGUCGUCAACCAGACCCGCCUCGGCAAGGUCCAAUCCUACUACUACCUCUGCAUUGCCGGCGACGGCAACGGCAUGCUCGGCGUCGGCGAGGGCAAGAGCACCGAGUCCACCGAGGGCCGCCAGCAGAGCAUCUUCAGCGCCAUCCGCAACAUGCGCCCCGUCACGCGCUACGAGAACCGCACCAUCUACGGCGAGGUCGAGGGCAAGUGCGGUGCCGUUGAGCUGCGUCUGAGUGCUCGCCAACCUGGAUUCGGGCUCCGCUGCCAAUCCCUCAUCCACGAAAUGGCGCGCGCAGCCGGCAUCCACGACCUAUCCGCAAAGGUGCUGCGCAGCCGCAACAAGAUGAACACGGUCAAAGCCGCCUGGCAGGCUCUGUUGAACCAGCGCUUGCCUGAAGACAUCGCGCGCGCACGCGGCCGCAAGCUCGUUGAUGUCCGCAAGGUCUAUUAUGGGGGGAAGGUGAAUUAGUUAUUUGGGGAGGGAGGGGGGUUUUAUGGGGGGUUUUUUCUUUGUGGGGGAGCGAGGAGGUGUACGUUAUUUGUGAGGCUGACGACGAUGUGAAUGGAUGGGAUGGGCUGGGAUGGGAUGGGAGGGGAGGGGUGUAUUGUAUUCGUAGUUACAUACGGCGUGAAAAUAGCGCAGCGCAGCGCAGCAUAGCGGAGCAAAGC